AUGGGCACCACAAAUUAUAAGGUUUAUCAUUCCAUCAUCUCACCUCAACAAGCUUUUAAGGAAUUAUAUGUAGAGCAGGAUUUAAUUGUUCCAUCAGGUGAUUCAAAAAUAUCAAAAAGCAAAAGAAAGCGAGGAAUUGACACACUUUCUUCUGUUAAAGUUCGACCGGACAUAAAUUUGAAGGAUCAAUCUGACGAGAAUGUGGUUAGAAAGAAACUUACCGAGCAUUUUUUGCUACUUCAUGAUAUUACAGAGAACCAGAGAUUAAAGGGUGAAUUGGACCGAACAACUUUGUCUUUGAACCUCUACAAACAGUAUAAAAAGAAGAAAAGGCAGACGAGGAAGACGAGAUAG